AUGGACCUAGAUUGGCCUUAUCAAGAUUGGAAUAAUGAUGAUUCUUCAAUGUUACCUACCUGUUAUGACUACUUGACCGCGGAAGACUCUCUUCUCUUUGCCAACGACGACAAUGUCACGAUCAAUGACAUGCCGGGUAUCAACGGACCCGAACGCAUCCCAAGUUCUGCGGUAUCGCAUCCCAAUCAUGUUACGACGGCAAGUCCGACCCAGGCUUCUUUUGUCUCGUCAUCGGUGCAAGAAGAACUCCCAAGUGAAGUCGCCAUGCACCGCUCAGCCCAAACCCCGGCGUUUGCAAAGGUGCCUGCCACCAUCACCACCACCACCAAACCAUCAAGAUCCUUGACCGACCCGGCUUCCGUCUUGACAGAAUACUAUUUCAAAGAGGUUGCCGGACUAUUUUCCUGUUUCGAUGGGCAUCUGAACCCUUUCAGGACGGUUGUGGCCCAAUCGUGGACCUCAUCCCCCGCGAUGCUUCGGGCGAUGCAAAGCAUGGCAGGGGCCUGUCUCGCGCACCAAUUCCCGCAAUUCAAGACCACGGUGCCACGACUCAGGGCCGACGCAAUUUCCCUCGUCCGAUCCGAGCCCAGCAGGCAGGAGCACGACCCCCGGUCACUGUUGACUUUGUUGAUGAUCGGUCAAACCUCCAGCUGGUUCGACCCCCAUGACCUCGGUAUUCCGUUCUUGACAAGUCUGAAGAAGCGAGUGUCCAAGAUGGCUCUGUCUCAACCUCAACCUACCACCACCACUGUGCGAACGAACUCAUCAUCGACACCCCCCACGGCGAACAACAACGUCAGGUUCUUCCAAGAGGCGAUCGUAUAUUGGGAGAUGCUAUUGUCGUUCGUAUCUAGUGACUUCGGGGUGGACUGCUCGUCAGAUACGGAUACGGAUACGGAUACGGAUAUUCAUAUUCCUAUCGACUCCUCCGGAUCCCUGUCGUCCGGCGGCGGACACACCAACCACAGAAUCCCCCAUCCUUGGACCGGUAUAUGCAGAGACACUCAGGCGAUCGUGCACCGAGUCGGAGCGUUGGUGCGUCAAGAACGACUCAAGAGGCGACGGAACAAGUUCGUCACGCAACGCAGCCUCGAUGAAUCAACAAAGGCUCUUGAGCUCGCGUACUCUCUAGAGAAGGAAUUGCUCGACGUCGGUAAGCUUUACAACAAUGACGACGACGUUAUGGACCCAGGGGAUCACGAGACACCAGUUUGGCAUCUACAGACCGUGUCCGAGAUAUACCGCCGCAGUGGGCUUCUCCAUUUGUAUCGGGUGUUUCCUGAUCUCCGUCGAAGCCGGUGUCGACAGGAGAGGUCAUCACCGACGAUUCUCGGGGUGUUGGGUCGCCAUGGCAGUGACGACUAUUACGCCGCCGGCGACGAUGAUGGCGGAGAUUUGAUAACAUCUUGGUUGAGUAAUGUUGGAGGUCAUCAUGAUGGGGCGAACUACAACGAGACUGGUGUUGACGAUAACGAAGACGACGACGAAGAAGAAGACGAACAAUGGCUUCUCAACCUCGCGGUUGACACUCUUCGACUUUUGGAAUCAAUCCCGAUAACAUCAUCGACAAAAUGUCUGCAGCCAGUCAUGCUCGUGUCAUGCGCGAGCGAAUUACGACUUCCACCUUUGGCGAAAGGCGAAUACCAACAACAGCCAUCGCCACACGGCGAUUCGCCGCUGUCAGUUAGCAGUUGUCUUUUUCAUUCCACCGACGAAUCUUCUAGGGGCGAUAGUGAUAGCAAUUGUAGGACAAAACCUACUGGAAACAAAUCCAGAACGACGACGGAAGAACAAACGGAAUUGGCAACAACUUUCGUCAAGGUUGUACAGGCGAGAAAAUUCGUCACCUCUCGAUUGAGUCUCUUGCGGAACAUUCUUCCUCCCUUGCCGAUCGACACCUGUCUCGAACUGGUACGUCGGACUUGGUCAAGAAUGGACGGUGGUGAGACCGAUGUGUAUUGGAUCGAUGUAAUGAUGGAUCAUGGCUUGCACACGACAAUGGGUUAA